AUGUGGCACCACAUACAGAACGCCGCACCUUUUACAACAACACCCGUGCGGCACUGGCCCCCACAGCAACGCCAUGUGGCGCAAUACAGCAACGCACGCAUUUACAACCGCCCUGCAACAUUUACAACAACACCCGUACUGACCCCCUACCACGACAACAACAAUGUGGCACCAGACCCCCAACAACACCCAUGCACACAACAACCACGCACAAACCGGCACCCGCACUUACAACCAACACAUGAGGCACCACGACCCCCACAACAACGCCAUGCGGCACCAAACCCCCCACAACAGCCGCCAUGCAGCGCCGCCCCCCACACAUUUACAACAACGCCAUGUGGCGCCACGGCCCCCACAACCGCCCAUGCGGCACCAUACCACAGCAACAUGCGGCCAUACAACAACGCCGAAACGGCCCCACAACAACCUUGUGCACCAUUACAACAACGCCUGCUGUUAUCACAACAACAUGGGCACCACAGCCCCAAACAACACCAACUGACGCCACCCACAACCAACCAUAUGCGGCGCAGCCCCACAACAACGCCAUGCGGCACAGCCCCCCACAACGCCGGCAGCCCCACAACAACACCCAUGCGGCUGCAACCCCACAACAAACGACCAACACCCGUAGCAGCACCACAGCCCCACAACAACACCAUGUAG